ACGUGCGUUUUGAGGUUAUAAAACGUUGAUAGCCUAACGAUCCGUGAUAUUUUGAAAUAAUACUUUGAAAAUAAUAUAAAAACAUGGUCAAAAAGAAAAUAGAUAAUCGUAUUCGUGUAAUGAUAGAGAAUGGAGUCAAACUGGGCCAUCGGACCAUGAUACUCCUCGUUGGCGAUAAAAGCAGAGAUCAAGUGCCAAUCUUGUAUGAUAUGUUAGUAAAGUCUACAGUCAAAGCCAGACCUACAGUUCUAUGGUGCUAUAAAAAUAAAGAUGAAGCUAUAAGCAACCAUGGCCGUAAAAGAGCAAAGAAGAUUGCAGCAGGAAAACUGGAGGUGUCUGAAGAAUCACUAUUUGAUGCGUUUAGAGUAGCUACCACAAUCCAUGGCAGAUAUUACUCAGAGAGUCAUGCCAUGCUUGGUCAGACAUAUGGAGUCUGUGUGUUACAGGAUUUUGAAGCACUGACUCCAAAUUUAAUGGCAAGAACAAUAGAAACUGUUGAAGGAGGUGGACUUAUUAUAUUUUUGCUAAAAUCAAUGAACUCUCUGAGGCAACUACAUUCUAUUACUAUGGAUGUUCAUCAAAGAUUCAAAACAGAAGCACACGACACAGUGGUAAACAGAUUCAACGAGAGGUUCCUUCUCUCUCUAGCGGAUAACCCUCGCUGCCUGGUGCUAGAUGAUUCUCUGAACGUGUUGCCGAUAUCUUCGAAAACUGCGCAGGUGGAGCCAGUGGAUGCUGUGCCUGAGCGAGUGAACCCAAAGCUAACAGAGCUAGUAUCUUCGCUAUCAGACAGCCCUCCCGCUGGGCCUCUCGUAGCCCUCUGUAGAACUUACGACCAGGCCUCCGCCCUUGUAGCGUUGAUUAAUACACUCGCUGAUAAGCAAUCCAGACCCCCGCACUGCCUUACAGCCAGCCGUGGUAGAGGCAAGUCAGCGUGCCUCGGUCUCGCCGUAGCAGCCGCCGUAGCACUCGGCUACGUGAACGUCUACGUAACAUCACCCCACCCAGAGAAUUUGAUAACUCUCUUCGAGUUUGUGCUAAAAGGCCUAGAUGCCUGUUUGUAUCAAGAACAUAUAGAUUAUAAUAUUGUAAGGUCGACUAACCCAGAUUUUAAAAAGGCUAUCGUGAGGAUAAAUGUUGCCAGGAAUUCUAGGCAGACUAUUCAGUAUAUAACCCCCGACGACCAUUCCCUCCUCUCCGCUGCGGACCUGGUCCUAGUGGACGAAGCGGCUGCCAUUCCCUUAGAACACGUAUCAGCUGCUGCUAAUAAAGCUCCACUAGCCUUGCUAUCUUCCACAGUAGCGGGGUAUGAGGGUACGGGACGAGCGUUGUCACUCAAACUGUUUUCCAAGCUACAAGCUGAACAUAAUGCGCCACCACCGAUAAAACUCGAAGAACCAAUCCGUUACCGUGCCGGUGACGCAAUAGAGCGCUGGCUGAACUCUCUUCUCUGCUUGGAGGCUCCGCCCCCGAGCCCCGGUGCGGGUGCUCCGCCCCCCGCAGCUUGUGAGCUGCUGCGGGUUAACAGGGAUGCGUUAUUCUGUUAUCAUAAGGCUGCUGAAGCGUUCUUGCAUAGAUUAGUGGCUAUAUACGUGGCUAGUCAUUAUAAGAACAGUCCCAACGAUCUGCAACUGCUUGCUGAUGCGCCUGCGCAUUGCUUAUUCGUGUUACUCGCACCAACUCCACCUAAAGCCACGUCUAUGCCUGAAGUGUUGUGUGUCAUACAGUUAUGUUUAGAGGGCAGUUUAUCGGACAGAUCAGUAAAAGACAGUCUGGGCCGCGGUCGCAAAGCGGCCGGUGAUCUGAUCCCGUGGAACAUUUGUGAACAAUUUGGGGAUAGGGACUUCCCGAAGCUAUCUGGAGCUAGGAUUGUGAGGAUAGCCACACAUCCUUCUUAUCAGCGGAUGGGUUACGGCAAGCGCGCGUUACAACAACUAGCGGCUUAUUACUCCGGAGAUAUACCGUGUUUGGACGAGACUCAAAGCGAUGAUGACGAACAAACAGACGGACAGAAUGACUCGCUGCAGACAGAGACUAUAGUGCCUAGAGCCAAACCACCAACACUACUGCGUCGUUUAACAGAAGUGAGGGCAGAACAUUUAGAUUACCUAGGAACGAGCUUCGGUCUAACCGAGGACUUGCUCAAGUUCUGGAAAUCGCAGAAAUACGUGCCUGUCUAUUUGAGCCAGAAAGCGAACGACCUGACCGGCGAGCACUCCUGCAUAAUGCUGAGAACGAUAGCCAGCGCUGACUGGCUCGCAGCGUACAGCCGGGACUUUCGCCAGCGGUUCUCACGGCUACUGGGCAGGGCCUUCCGCAAGCUGCCCGCAGCGCUCGCGCUGACCACGCUGCUGAAUGACAGCGUGAAGGUGGACAAGCCUGAGCUUACAAAAGAGCUAAUCAGCCAACACCUCUCAGGCCACGACCUGUCUCGCAUAGAGGCGUACAGUCGCCAGCAAGCCGACUAUCGCCUUAUCGCCGAUCUACUGGCGCCAUUAGCUAAUAUUAUAUUCCAUACCAGUGUGAAACUCAAGUUGGACGCUGUGCAACAGGUGCUGUUCAUAGCAAUGGGCUUCCAAAUGAAAGACGUAGACGACAUAGCGAGCGAGUUAGGUCUCCCAGGCUCACAGAUUCUAGCCAAAUUCUACGAAGCCUGCAAGAAAAUUAACUCAGCUCUCAACGGAAUUCUAGAAAAUACGGUCGCUAAAGAAAUCGGUAUAGAAGAUAAGACGGCGGAUGUGAAAACAGAAGGAAUAAAGCAGAGUCUGCAAGAAGAAUUGUCGAAGGCCGCUAAGGACUUAGAAAGAAAACAACGGAAGGAAUUAUCUCGACUAAUGGGAGAAGAUCUGCGCCAGUACAGCAUCAAGGGCAGUGAUCUAGACUGGGGGAAAGCAUUGAACACAUCUUCGCAGAAACAUCUUGUGUCUGUUAAAAGUGGAGAGAAGCGUCUCGGCGACGACAGCAAAGAGAUCGACGAUCUGAUCGAAUCGCACGCGAACAAGAAAAAGAAGAAACACGUGCGAAAUAAAGUUUAAUAAAUAUGUCAAAUA